AUGGCUACGUCUAAGAACCUGGCUCUUUGUGUGACCUGCGGAACGCAGUUCGGCAUCCCCUUCGACGAAAGACCAUCUACCUGUCGCAUGUGUAAUGAGCCCCGACAAUUUGUUCCCCCAUCCGGCCAAUCUUGGACCACCCUCGAAAAGCUCCAAGUGAACCACAGAAACGAGUUCAAACAGGACGAGCACGACGGCCGCAUCUGGUCAAUAUUCUCAAAGUCCCAGGUAGCCAUUGGUCAACGUGCCGUCUUCAUCAAAACUAAGCAUGGCAAUGUUCUUUGGGACUGCAUCAGCUUACUGGAUGAAGAGACCAUUGAGUUUGUCAAGUCUCAUGGUGGUCUCAAAGCCAUUGCAAUCUCUCAUCCUCAUUUUUAUAGCUCUCGCCUGGACUGGGCUAAAGAGUUUGACUGUCCCGUAUAUCUUGCUGCCGAGGACCAGGAGUGGUUGAAUCGUGAGGACACCGAACAUCGGCGAGUAUUCUUUGAUGGCGAGACUCAGGAUAUUCUUCCUGGAGUGACUAUGGUCAAGCUUGGGGGCCACUUCCCCGGAAGCUCGGUAUUGCACUGGAACAACAAUAUUUUCACUGGCGACACUAUCGGCAUAUCUCUGUCCGGACUCAACCGUGCCCACCACAACGAGAACCAUCAGGUCUUCUUCUUUCACUAUGCAUUCCCGAAUUUUAUCCCACUGGGCCCUACUGCCAUGCGUCUCAUGUGGAAGAGACUUCGUCCUUGGGACUUCACAUCAGUGUACUCGCUAUUCUUCACCACUACGGUGCAUAAGCCGAAUGUGAAGGAGAUAAUCUUGGAGAGCAUGAAACGCCAGGCGAUGCAUCAGGAGAAUGAUGCGCAUCCUCUAAUGCAGGAACAAAUGGAGGCGUGA